AAUUUUACUGUGGUAUCUAAGAUUGAAACACGGGAUAAAGAGCAGUCAAUUAUAUUUGCCAGUUAAAGUUACAUGCUGUGGGUGAAAGUUGCAACCUCAUUAUUCAAUAUGGUGGGGGCUUUCUAAUGACAGAGAGAAUCCAGAAAAGAGAAGAGAGAUGUAGGAAAACAGCAAAAAAACAUGAGCUGCUCUUUUCUUUUUUCUAUUCUUUUGAGACCCAUAUUUGAACCAUUUCACUUUUUUCUGUUUACUGCACCAAAGAUUCUCUCCCUUUCAAGUCAAAGAGGUGGGAAAAACAAAGAGGAAAAAAAUGAAAGAAAGAUGACAUGGAGUGGAGGAAAGAUGAACCACAGCUCAUGCACAUAUUCUUCCACAGGGCCCACUCAUGUAUUCAUAAGGCUGAGUGAAGCACAGAGAGAAGGAAAGCAUCUCCUGCAAUAGAUAUAUGGUGGAAGAGAGGAAAUGCCCAACCAAGGCGAGAAUCGAGGAUUGGUUCUCUCGGUUGAUGCUAAGCCACGGCUUAAAUGGACACAACAGCUUCACCAGCGCUUUGUUGAUGCAGUCUCUCAGCUUGGCGGAGCAGAUAAAAUAUAGGCUAGCAAAGAAUCGAAAUACAAACACACCAAAUGAGAAUAAAAUACAAGAUUGCGUGGCAGCCAGUAACUUGACCAUAGACAAUGAAGCUUCCCAGAUUGAUCAGGAGAAAACUCCGGCUCGGUUGAACGAGACCAUGGUGCAGAUGCAAAUUGAGGUACAGAGGAAACUGCAGGAACAAAUUGAGGUGCAGAGACACUUGCAGCUCCGUAUAGAAGCACAAGGGAAGUACCUGCAAUCAGUUUUGAGAAAGGCCCAAGAAACACUUGCUGGUUAUAGCUCCAAUUCACUAGGAAUGGAGGCUGCCAAGGCCGAGCUCUCGGAGCUGGUCUCUGCAGUGGAGACGGAGUGCUUGAGUUCUUCCUUUUCACAAGGUAGCUUGAUUCCCAAACGAGCCGAACACGCCGAUUGCUCCACAGACAGCUGCUUGACUUCAUCUUUAGAGAGACAGGAGGCCAAGGUUGGGAAGCAACAUAAACUGGAGCACAGCUCCUCUCUUGACAAUUGGAGUGAAGGGUCUGAUGAGAUCAAUCCUAAUGGCAUGAAAGCAAUGGAGACUCAAGUGAACGACAUGCUCGGUAUGGAGAAGGGAAGCUGCAGUAGCAUCCAUGGGGAAGCCAACGUUGAACAGCCUACAAGCGGGAAGCAGGAAACCAGUGGUUUUGGGGUCCCACGAGGGCUGGAUCUAAACAGAUAGUUCAUCGGUAAGAGCUGGGGGUGAGCAAUGCCAUUUGCCUUUGAGGCCUUUGAGGCACUUGAGGUGAGAAUUCUCUCUUGAGGACCGCAGCAUCUGAGAGUUUGAGCUGCCAUUAGCUGCAGCUCUGCUAUUUGUUUGUUAUUGUCCAUGUGUUGUGUAUGCUGGAUCAUUGUAAGGCUUGGUCCUCCAUUAUAGUUGGUAUAUACUGUAUGUUUAUUUAUAUACAGUGGUUGAAGGUGGGGAGCAGGGAGAUGACACAUGGCAUUUGAAUAGAUUUUGGUUGGGCCAUUGUUUGGUACGCCUGAGGUCAACAUGGGCGAGAGGCUCCAAGGGAGCCUGGACCCUACCCACAAGCUUGUUCUGGCUGCCGACUGGCCUUUGCUCGGCCAGUUGGCGCUACUUUACCCAGCAGCACCACUGGGGAGAGAUUCUUAGAUUCAGAAUAGUGGCUCGUACCAUUAUUUUGGCAAACGAAUUAAGCUUUUUUGUUUUUUU